AAAAAAAUUUUCACUUUUCUCUUUUCUGUUCAAAACGUCGUCGCUUAGUAGCAGGACGGUAAUUGAUCAGACUUUGUUAGUGUACACUGUCCCGUGUUGGAGGUGGGGGGAGGAAUACUUUGGCGUCAGCUCUUGUAAACAGAGCCUAAUGUAAACCUAGGGGUCUUCGUGGUCAUCUUUCUAGCUAAUUUGAACAGUACAGACACAGGCCAGAUCCAGAGAGUGACGCGCCUUAUCUAAUAUCAUUAGACAAGGUCCCAUGGUCAACCCUUGGGUUAAACGUUCGCUUCUGGAACUUAUCUUCAGCCACAUCAGGUGCAGGUCAAUCUCUAUGCGACGUGUUGGCGCCUAGAUCACAUCCAGCCCAAAGACCAACGGACUGCCUAAAGCCCCGCCUUUGUUAUUUAAGUACCAAAUGGUGGACCAGUCAGCUGCUUUACUUGUUCAGCACGCACCCUUCCAUGUAUAGUGCCCGUGGCCGUGAGAAGAACACUGGGAAUAAGACGUGCGCUUGCCAGACUGAAAACACUCUGCACAGUGGCGCUAAAGCGAAGAACGAUGUAGAAAUACGCUCACAAUCUGGAGAGUGUAUUUGAGUUGUAGUAUUAAAGUAAUUAUGCCCAUCGACUUCAUGUCCGUUGUAUAAGUUCCAAAUAUGCAAGGGGAUACGAUUUCACCUUUAAAAAAAUUAAGUUAAACAAAUUUCACUGGAAGAUGUUAGGGCGAGGAGACGGAGUUUCCACGCAACCCAUGUUACAGUGUUUUCUUAUAAUUCUGGCAGUCGUCUACUGCGAUGUUCGUAAUGUAGCAGGUGAGAUAAGAUGUUACUGCAAUUUCCCAAUCUGCAUAAACACUGGUUAUAUGUGCAAGUCAGGCUUAGGCUCAUGCUUCUCUGAAUACCGGCAAUCUACAUACAGUAAUGGCCAGUCCAGGGCGAGUCAUGGCUGUCUAGAAUUUCUCAAGGAUAGAAGUAGAGCUUUAUGCAAUCAACUUUCCCGCCAUGCCAACGUUUCCAAACAAAUAUUUUCCAAACUUCUCUGCUGUGAGGAAGACAUGUGUAAUUACAUGAGCGUCAAUAUUAGACGAUCAAACAUUUCUUUUCCACGAGGUAUGUACAAAUAUAAAGAAGGCAUAGACCAGGCGGCGCUUGAGUACGACUUAUGGUUUCGAGCUGCCGUCAUUGCUGUUCCGAUUAUUGGAAUUUGCAUCUUAAUUCUGUUGGUGUUAAUAGCUGCACGGAUGCUCAGACAAGACAGUAGACGUCGACGUCAGUUCCUGGAACUUCAGCGUCAACGUCAGUUUAAGGCCCACCUGUUGCUUGGUGACAGGUCGGGAUCAAACUGGCAUGGGAUUUACAAACACUUAGCUAUGUCACGUGACAGCUGGUGUUCAAACAUUAGUGUACUCGAUAAACCAGUUUCAUUCUAUAAUUCAGUGACAGCGAAAUGGGACGAUUAUAAUAAGCCCACCGUUUUUGUAUAGUUCUGUGUGUGUUGCAAAUUCUUUCCGUAAGGAAGCGACAACGAAACGUAAAGGUUAUAAUAAGCUUAUACUGUUUUUGUGUAGCUCAGUCUACGUCGUAAAUUAUAUCUACAACACAUUGACAACGAAUGCGAAAGUUAUAAUAAGUUUAUGCCGUUUUUGCGUAGCUCAGUCUACGUUCUAAAUUCGUACUCCAACUUAGUAAAAGGUUAUAAUAUAUAAAAAAAGUGAAGGUUAUAAUACGUCUAUACGGUUUUUGUGUAAUUCAUUUUGAGCUCUAAAUCCAAUCUUUAACCCGAUGACAAAGAAAUAGGAAACGUAUGACAAUUCAACUGCUUGUGUGUGGUUAUCCACGUUAUAAGUCCGUGCUGCAACUCAGUGACAGCAAAAUGGAACGAUUUUAACAGUUUUUAUGGAGUUGUCUUCUCUGUAAAUUUAUUCUUUAAGUCGAUGGAAAAGAAAUGGGGAGAAUAUAAUUAGCUUAGUGCUUUAAUGUAGCUCCACCUACACUCUGAACCCUUUCGGCAACAUAGUGACUGACAGCUUGCCAGGAUCGUCUGUAGGAUGAUUCGAAAAGUCUGCUGUUUUUUUUUUUUUUCUUCUAUAGUUCAGUCUGCAAUGUUGCCAGGAUGUGUGACUUAUUCUGCUACAUUGGUGCCCCGUCAGUGGAACUAAUGUAAUAGCACCAAGUGCUUUUAACUAUGUAAAUAUGUAAAUACUUUAAUAUGAAUAAUAUUUGUUGUUACCAUUACACUACAAUAUAAAUAGUGCUAAAACUAGGAAGUCUUUCAUUCCUUUACAAAAAAAAAAAGUUAUAAGUGGUUUUCGAAACCAAUUUUUUAAUCUAUCUUCCCAGACCAAUUUUUUCAGAUAUAUAAUCCAGAAUAUUUUGAGAUUAUAUAAAUUUUACAGUCUAUAUAUCCCAUAGUAAGUAGAAUUGAGAGAAUUUUUUAAAUUUGUGAAAUCUAUAAUUUUUUGAAGUUUUCUAGAGCUUUGUUUAGAUUGAAAAGUCCUGUACACUAGUUUCAUAUUCAAAACGAUUUCUUAAUAUUAUGUGAUUCCUAAUAUUAAAUAUUUUGCAUGUAUAGUUUACGUUAUUUGUAGAUAAGCGAAACAGUAAAGUUAGAAGAAUUUUCUCACUACCUUUGACUGUUCUAUUAAAACCUAUGGUCAACAGUCUUUAUAUAGAUCAUAAUUUAAAACAUUCUAUAGAGAUGGCGCUUUAGUAUUACAUUUAUCUUAGAAGUAAUGAAAUUGUCAUUAAAUUUUAGAAGCUUAAUAUCAUUGAAAUCGACUGAUAAAAGAUGACAGUUUCUCUCGUUUCAUUAAUGAUAAACAGAACUUAGUCAAUUAUGGAUUAAAAAAAUAUCUACAGUCCAUCUGGUUUUUAUUACUAAGGUUAAACAAAUUGGUUUCAUUGCUUCGCCAACUUUUGGCGUUUAACACCAUGACAUUAGAAUUAAAUGUUUCGUAUUCCGUAUAAAAAUAACAUAAUAACGUAAUAGUUCUGCAUGCCAUCAUGUCCAUCCCAGCUAACAAGUUUUGGCAUUGAGCGAAAGGCCUCUUGGGCAGCGACGUGUGGCAGAUAACAAUAUAUUUAUAAUGCUAUUUUUUUCACGCCUCUUCAGAUUUCAUCGUUGCAACAGAACUGAAGACUUGGGCUUGAAGAGGGAUUUUUCGAUUCGUAUUUCAAUCACAAAUAUACAGAACCUACUGAAAUUAAACUUAAUAUGUACUGCCCCCUUUCCAGUGGUUCAGCAGUAAGUCUGCGGGCUUACGACGCUAAAAAUCGAGUUUCGAUACCGAUACCAGUGGCGAGCAGAUCACAGAUAGCCCAUUGUGUAGCUUUGUGCUUAAUAACAACGAAACUAAAAAUAUGCACCAGCGGUGGUUCUAGGGAGAAUUCCCCCACCCCCCAAAAAAUUAGAGCCCCAUAAAACAUUUCAAUACAACAUUUACAAAAAUACUUAUUUUACAGUUAUGAAUAACGAAGUACCAAUAUCCAAGUCUUAAUCACAAACAAAAAUAAAUAAGUAACAUAUACCCAUUUAUUUUAGCGGUUUGCCCACUUAAAUCACCGCUAAGUGAGGUCUCCUAGACCGCUCUUCUUUUAACCCCCAAUAUUUCGGGUGUAUAACCUUCACUGAGAUAUGCAUAAUAUCGUUACAAGUUACUGUUUUAAAGUAGUUGCACAUGGAAAUUAUUGUUAUAAUUUUUUUUAAUUGAGAAAAAA